GGAAACGGGAGGGGCCUUAGGGGCGUGGGCGGGGCCUGGGAGAUCCCGGGGCAUAGCGCGGACGCGCUUGUUCCCCCUGGAAGCCGUCCUCCUGAUGGCCCCCGUGGUGUACUUAGUGGCGGCGGCUCUGCUUGUCGGCCUUAUCCUUUUCCUGACUCGCAGGCGGGGCCGGGCGGCAGCAGCUGGCCAAGAGCCACUGAAUAAUGAAGAGGAGCCAAUAGUAGCAGGCCAAGUGGCCCAGCCUCGGCCCCUGGAGCCUGAGGAGCAGAGAGCUGGGGGCAGGCCCCGGCGCCGGAGGGACCUGGGCAGCCGCCUGCAGGCCCAGCGUCGAGCCCAGCGCGUGGCCUGGUCAGAGGUGGAUGAGAACGAGGAGGAGGCCAUCAUUCCAGCCCAGGAGGAAGAAGGCAUCGAGAAGCCAACAGAAACUCACUCAUCAGGAAAAAUUGGAGCCAAGAAACUGCGGAAGCUGGAGGAGAAACAAGCGCGUAAAGCCCAGCGUGAGGCAGAGGAGGCUGAGCGUGAGGAGCGGAAACGCCUGGAGUCCCAGCGUGAGGCAGAGUGGAAAAAGGAGGAGGAGCGGCUUCGCCUGGAGGAGGAACAGAAGGAAGAGGAAGAGAGGAAGGCCCGGGAGGAGCAGGCCCAGCGGGAACAUGAGGAGUACCUGAAACUGAAGGAGGCCUUCGUGGUGGAGGAGGAGGGUGUGGGCGAGACCAUGACUGAGGAACAGUCCCACAGCUUCCUGACAGAGUUCAUCAACUACAUUAAGCAGUCCAAGGUUGUGCUCUUGGAAGACCUGGCUUCCCAAGUGGGCCUGCGGACUCAGGACACCAUAAACCGCAUCCAGGACCUGCUGGCUGAGGGGACUCUGACAGGUGUGAUUGACGACCGGGGCAAGUUCAUCUACAUAACCCCAGAGGAACUGGUUGCUGUGGCUAACUUCAUCCGACAGCGAGGUCGGGUGUCCAUCGCCGAGCUUGCCCAGGCCAGCAACUCCCUCAUCUCCUGGGGCCGGGAGGCCCCUGCCCAGGCCCCAGCCUGACCUAGCCCUUCCCUCUUGGACUCGGAGUUGGCACAGCCUACAUGGCCAUACAUCUUUAUUCCUCCCUACCAUCCUGGGGCUGUGAUGGAGUAUGGCCAGGCUGUUCUAGAUUAAAGGCCUGUGAGCACUGCUCA